UCUUGGAAAGAUACGAGACGAGUGUUAUAAACUCUCACAGGCUUUAUAUAUAGAGGGAUAUUUUAUAUUUAUUUUAUUUAUAUUAUCUCCAUUCUUCCCCGGUGUGAAAACAUGCUGCGAGUGAGAUCGGCCGUCUGUCAGUCUCUGAAAGGGUUCAAGACCUUUUCAUGUGCAGCUGUGGAGGUGAAGAAUGAGCCCAUCCUUGGGUUUAAAGAGGGCAGUAAAGAGAGAGCCGACCUGCUGAAGGCAUUACAAGAGCUAAAGGGCAAAACGGAGGAGAUUCCAUGUGUGGUCGGAAAUGAAGAAGUUUGGACCAAAGAUAUCAGAUAUCAGCUGUCUCCCUUCAACCACUCUCACAAAGUCUCCAAAUUCUGCUUUGCUGAUAAGGAGCUGAUAAAUAAAGCCAUCCAAGCCUCCGUGGCUGCACGCAGAGAAUGGGACCUCAAACCCGUCGCGGAUCGAGCACAGAUCUUCUUCAAAGCCGCCGACAUCAUAAGUGGACCCAAGAGAGCAGAAGUUCUGGCCAAGACCAUGAUCGGACAGGGUAAGACUGUGAUUCAGGCUGAGAUUGAUGCCGCUGCAGAACUCAUCGACUUCUUCAGGUUUAACGCCAAACACGCCAUCGAGCUGGAACACCAGCAGCCUUUAGACAGUGAAGGAAGUACAAACACCAUGCUGUACAGAGGACUGGAGGGGUUUGUAGCCGCUGUUGCUCCAUUCAACUUCACAGCGAUUGGUGGAAAUCUGGCUGGAACACCAGCUAUCAUGGGUAACGUAGUGUUGUGGAAGCCCAGUGACACGGCCAUGUCUGCCAGCUACUCGGUUUAUAAGAUCCUGAGAGAGUCUGGACUGCCACCCAACAUCAUCCAGUUUGUCCCGGCCGAUGGUCCAGUGUUUGGAGACGCUAUCACCAGCUCUGAACACCUGGCUGGUAUUAACUUCACAGGCAGUGUCCCAACGUUUAAGCGGUUGUGGAAGCAAGUGGCUCAGAAUCUGGACAUUUACAGGAACUUCCCUCGUGUUGCUGGAGAAUGUGGUGGGAAGAACUUCCACUUCGUGCACAAGUCUGCAGAUAUCGGGAGCGUUGUGACUGGCACCAUCCGCUCUGUGUUUGAAUUCGGAGGACAGAAGUGUUCGGCGUGCUCCAGGAUGUACGUGCCAGACUCGCUGUGGCCGCAGAUCAAACAGCAACUUCUGACUUUGCACAAACAGAUCAAACUGGGAAACCCAGUUGAAGACUUCAGCACAUUCUUCUCUGCAGUUAUUGAUGACAAGGCUUUCGCUAGGAUUAAAGGAUGGCUGGAACACGCCAAAUCUUCGCCGCAUCUGAAGAUCAUUGCUGGAGGAAAGUGUGACGAUUCAAAAGGAUAUUUUGUGGAACCCACCAUCAUUGAAACCACCGACCCGCAAGAGAAAAUCAUGAGCGAGGAGAUCUUUGGGCCCGUCCUGACGGUUUACGUUUACCCUGAAAAUGACUACAAGGAGGUCCUACGCUUAAUAGACAACACAUCUCCUUACGCCCUAACAGGAGCUGUCUUUGCUCAAGAUAAGGCUGUUAUUGAUGAGGCAGCGAAGGCUUUGAGAAACGCUGCUGGAAACUAUUACGUCAAUGACAAAUCUACAGGAUCCGUCGUGGGCCAGCAGCCAUUUGGGGGCGCCAGAGCAUCAGGCACAAACGACAAGCCCGGUGGACCACACUACGUCCUCCGCUGGACGUCCCCACAGGUUGUUAAGCAGACCCACGUUCCUCUUACUGAAUGGAAAUACGCCUACAUGGGUUAAGAGACAGCGAGUGUCGCCGACCCAGAUGUUCCUUCUCCAAAUCCGUUAUCUUCUAAAGCAAUCAAAUACUCGUGGAUUCUUAAUCCUAUUCCCAUUUUGUCUGAGAGACUCAAGUAUGAAGUGAGACUGAAGAGCUGAAGCUGAAACUGUCUGACAGAAGACUGCCCCCCCAGAUGUUUCCAAACAUGACAUGGUUCUGAUGGAAACCAUAAAUAUGUGAAUGUGAAUAUAUUAACUGGACUAAACAUCAGAACAGCCACUGGAGGUCAUUGAGAUCACACAUGGAGAUGCACUGAACUUUAAUACAGUAUAUAAAAAAUAUGCUUUUAGACAGUACGAUAAAAGAUCUAUCUUUUUAUAAUUCUGGAAUAGGAAGUAGGAAUCACUGCAGCCAUCGAUGUGUAUCUGUUACACCUUUGAGAGUUCGAAUCAAUGGACCGCUUAUAGUUUUUGGAUUAUGUGUGCCGUCCUAAUUGAAUCUGUAGCUUUCUAAAAUGUUUUGCAAAUAGAAUAUUAAAGGUAAAUAGAAGAAUGAUUCUUCUGUUUUGAGAAAAUGAUGUCUGCUUAUUGAUUGUGACGGAUUGAAAACAGCCUUAUCUGGUCACCAUAUGUAUCACUGACAGUGCAAUCUAACAGUUUUAUGUGCCUAAAUAAAGGGAAGUUGUUGAUAUUUUUA